AUGACCACCCAAUACCUAAACCUCCCCAUAUCCCCCGCCGACACAGCCUUCGGCCUCAUGGCCGAAUACGACGCAGAUCCCCAUCCAAACAAAGUAUCCCUGAUUGCAGGAGCAUACCGCGGCGAAUCCGGACAACCAUGGGUUCUCCCCAGCGUCAGGGAAGCCAAAUCCCGCCUCACCCCUAACCAAACACACGAAUACCUCGACAUAGCCGGUUCUCCGGGACUAAUUAAACUAGCCCAAUCCCUUACCUUCGGCACCGAAAUCACCACAAGCUUAGACAAGAGCCUCGCCUCUAUUCAAACCGUCUCCGGAACAGGCGCAAACCAUAUGGCGGCGCAUUUCCUCGCCAGGCAUCUGCAUCCAACACGGGUUUUUAUUCCAUCCCCGACGUGGAUUAACCAUAAGAGUAUAUGGGCCACGACGGGGAUCCAGAUCCAGGAAUAUCCAUACUAUGAACCAUCAACUCGAACCGUCGAUAUCGACGGAAUGAUUUCCGUUCUUGAGACAGCUAUCCCCAACGACGUGGUAAUUCUCCAAACAUGCGCGCAUAAUCCCACGGGAGUAGAUCUUUCCCGCUCCCAAUGGGGACAGGUCAUUGAUGUGCUCAAACGGAAAAAGCUAUUCAUUGUCUUCGACAGUGCCUACCAGGGCUUCGCCACGGGGGAUAUAGACAGCGAUGCAUGGGCGAUUCGCUAUUCUGUGGAUCAACUAAUCCUAAACAGUGAGCCAGAUCACCCCGGGUUAUGCGUGGCGCAGUCCUUCUCUAAAAACUUCGGACUAUAUGGUGAGCGAGUGGGAGCUCUUCAUCUCGUUGUACCGAGGUAUCUUUCGGCGGAGGGGGCCAGGUCGGAAUUAAUUGCGCUUGCUCGGACGGAGUAUUCGAAUCCGCCGCGGUUCGGGGCGAGUAUUGUGGAGAUGGUUUGGGGGGAUGAGGGGCUGAGGAGUCAGUGGGAGAGGGAUUUGGAGACGAUGAGUGUUAGGAUUAAGAUGAUGAGGCGUGAGUUGCGGCGGAGGUUGGAUGAUAGUGGGGUCUCCGGGGAUUGGUCUCAUAUUGAGAGUCAGAUUGGGAUGUUUAGUUAUACGGGGUUGAGUGGGGAGCAGGUGUCUCGUCUGAGGGAGGAGUUUCAUGCGAGUAUUUGUGGGUUGAAUGGGGGGAAUGUUGGGUAUGUGGCGAGAGCGAUUGGGGAGGUGGUUGGCUCGGGGUUUUAA